AUGUUCAAGUACAAAAUUGAGUGCUACCUCGACAACGUAUCGCUUUUGGGCUAUUUCACUGGUAUUUCCCGUGCUGUAAAGAAGAUCUACUACGAAGAUACAUGUCAAGGCUACGCGCGGCUUGCGGCAAAAGUCAACAGCUUGAAAACUACGAUUAAUCGGUCUUCAGCAAGGUCUGCGGCUGUUUCGCCCGAGUCUGGGCCAGCAACAAACGCAAUUUGUUACCGUGCUCCGAGUUACUGGAGAGCAUUUGUAAAGAAUAUUUCCUCAGGAGUCCCGGCACUUUUGGCUACAGGCUUCGUCCAUGGCUUAUGUCGGCAGCGAAUUGUUGAUCGAGACACUGGGGUAGUUACUGGAUUCGUUGUCGGCAGUAUUGUGUUCAAACUGACCAUUCAAGAACUCGCCAAAUACUACAUCAUGAGGAAGCACGUACUCAGCACGCGCACUAUGUGCGUCAUUGUGGGUAUUCCGACCGUCAUGAUCGAUACGCAGGCUAGAAUAAUCCUGUUGGGAAUCAGCAACAAGAAAAUCGCUGCAAUAGGCGCAUUGGUGAUGGCUCUGAUUGAAAUUUCGCUGCGUGUUGGGAAGGCUAAGUUUGUGAGGUGGAGUAUCUCGCAUCGAGAGAAAACAUUGCUGGGUACAAUAGCGGUAAGCUCUCGACGGAGUUCGAUUGACGGUCCGAGAAGCGUUAGACCCUCUCUAUCGGCAAUGCACGUUGAGUUUGAGGUGUGGCAUCGGCAGGUGCAGGUCUUCCACACCGCUGAACUCACCGCAGAUAUGUAUGCCGAAUACAUCGCCAUUGGGUGCUCGGCAUCUAUUCUGUUUUUCUAUUGUGGCAACCCUCACUAUUCGCUGCUGAGGAGAUCCGACACUAUGGAAAAUGAACUUGGUGUGGUGGAUUGGCGUACGAAUCAAUUAUAUUUGCUGGUAUUUCAGGUGGGGGUUGAAAUUGUCGUCGACUACGUGUCCAUAGUGCUAGAGAUGACGGCUGGCAUCGAGUUCGAUCAUAUUCAGCAUCUCGAUUCGUUUCUCGCAGCUCUAUUCAUGGUGACUGCAGUGAUGAAUAUGAUCAUUUCAAUCGGCGUUUACCUAAGUUGA